AUGCUGUCAGCUUUCAAGGCACAGUCCAUACACGAGCUCAAGGCAAGAGACAAGUCGCGCAUCGAGUCGCUGCUCGCGUAUGGCGAUCGAUUGCUUGUAGGACUAAGUAAUGGCUAUCUGCGAGUGCACCGCGUAAAUAGCGAGGAGCCGGCGGGUUCGGCGCCGGCGGGUUCAGAUGACAGUGCGGACAAGGACAAGGACACUGUCGGGAAACUCGAUACCGUGAGCAGUGGAGAUGGCACGACCGAGACGAAGACCAAGCCGGUAGAGCUUAUGCGCGAGGUGGAAAACUUCAGCCGUCGCCCGGUUCAGCAGCUGGCAAUCAUUAAAGAGGCGAAUCUGCUGGUCAGUCUGAGUGACACGUAUGUCUCCCUCCACGACCUGAAGACCUUCCGUCUUGUCGAGCGAUUGGAGAGCACCAAAGGAGCAGUGUGCUUCGCCGUGACGAGCAAUGUGGUCAAGGACUCCGACACAAACGUUCCGAGCUUGGUCUCACGUCUGGCUGUUGGUGCGAAGAGGAAAGUGCUAUGCUGGACAUGGCAGGACAUGGAAAUGCUGCCCGAAGUUGCGGAGCUCAGCAUGGAGGCAAGCGUUAAAAGUCUGAACUGGGCCGAUGGCACUCGUCUCUUCGCGGGCAUGGACCCAGGAUUCAGCGUGGUUGACAUCACAACAAGAGAGAUUACCGCCAUCACCAAGGCCUCGCCGAAUCCAGCCGGGGACGUGAACUCUGGAGAGCUGGCAGGCGUUCGGUUCGCCGCCGUGAGCAGCAGUGGAAUGGGAUAUAUGGGCAUGGGGAGCUGGGUGCCGAAACCCAUGGCCACUGGACUGUUUGGGAAUCAAGUCUUGCUUGCCAAGGAUGUCAACACCCUCUUCACUGGUGUAGACGGAAAACCGCUCGAGAAGCGGCAAGUGCCAUGGUCUCUUGCACCAGAGGCGAUUGGCUACAGCUAUCCAUAUCUGCUCGCUCUUCAGCCUCCAGAAAAGGGUAGCCUGCAGAUUCGAAAUCCCGACACAUUGACCUUGCUGCAGUCAAUCGGUGUCCCUGGUGCGACCAUCCUUCACGUCCCGCAACCUAACAUCAGCUUGGCGCACGCCGGCAAGGGUUUCUUGGUCGCCUCCGACCGCGUCAUAUGGCGCAUGAAUGCAUUGCCCUACGAUGUUCAGCUUGCAGAGCUAGCCGAGAAGCAGCGUUUUGAUGAGGCGACAAGCCUGCUCGAACUCCUCGAAGACACGCUCAUAGAUGAUAAGGCUGGGCGCAUUCGCGAGAUCAUGAGUCAAAAGGCCAUAUCCCUGUUUCAUCAACAAAAGUAUCGACUUGCCCUGGACUUGUUUACUGACGCCGAAACCUCACCCGAACGAGUCAUUGCAUUGUACCCAAGAAGCGUGGCGGGCGAGCUGUCCACGAUAGUCGAUGAGCCCGAGGCUGAGCCUGCAGCCGCUGAGGCCAACGAUGGCAAGGACGAAGAUGUCAGCAAAGAUACACAUUCUACACCUUCAAAAGGCAUGUUUGGGAUUUUGAAAGGUGGUCAUAAGAAAGCCGAUUCCGACACUGCUUCGAUGAAGUCUCCAGGUAGACUGGAUACCGACAACAUGAGCAUCCGGGCAAAGACCACAAAGAGUGCCGACAAGCCUUUGGAAGGCGAGGAUCUCAAAAUGGCGUGCCGAUGUUUGAGUUCCUUUCUCGCCCAGGCAAGGAAGGAACUGCAGAGGCAUCUCAACCCAGAUGGUACAAUGAAGGAAGAUCCACCUUCUAUGGAUAGCGAAACAGGGAAACCUGCAUUCAGCAACCUUCUUCCGAAUUCCGUUGUUGAUGCAAAGGCAGGAGAGAUUGAUUGGCGCUCAGAGCUCAUUAACACUGCACAGUUGGUUGAUACGACGCUCUUCCGUGCAUAUAUGUUAGCGACGCCAUUCCUUGCAGGAUCUCUGUUCCGCAUUGACAAUUUUUGCGACCCUGAGGUGGUCCAGUCGGCGCUGUACGAAGGCGAACGGUACAACGACCUGAUCGACUUUCUUCAUGGCAAGGGUCUACAUCGCCAGGCUUUGGAAAUGCUCGCAAAGUUCGGCAAAGGCGAAGCUGAUGGACAGAUUCCGGACGGUAUGACAGGGCCGGAGCGCACGGUCGGGUACCUGAAGCAACUUCCCCCAGAGCUUGUCGAUGUGGUCUUGGAGUAUGUGCGCUGGCCUAUUGAUGAGAACCCCAUAGUCGGGAUGGAUGUCUUCCUGGCAGACACAGACAACGCAGAGAGACUGCCUCGAGACCAGGUUCUUGAAUUUCUUGCUAGUAUUGACUCGAAGCUUGAGAUACAAUAUCUCGAGCACAUUAUCAACGAGCUUGGCGAAGGCGAUGCAACAUUCCAUCAACACCUGGUGGAUCUCUAUCUUUUAGAGCUCAAGAAGAAGGAUCUUGAGGAUUCGAGACGAACGGAGAUCAAGGGCAAGCUUGAGGCCUUCAUGUUGAAGAGCAAGGCUUAUAACAGGGCCAAGACCUUGCCGCAGCUGCCUGCGAGUGAUCCUACCUUUUAUGAGGCUAGGGCUAUUGUUUACAGCGCUCUGGGACAGCAUAAGCAAGCACUGUCCAUAUACGUUUUCCAAAUCCAGGACUACGAAAAGGCCGAGAACUACUGCAAUAAGGGAUACAUCGAGCAGCAGGCUGAGCGCCAAGCUUGUCUGCUCGAUGGAACCACCACACACGAAAAGCCGCAUCGGGCGUUUGAACCAGAGGACUCCUCCACCAAACCAAACAUUUUUGCCAUUCUCCUCGGGUUGUACCUUCGACCCCCGCCCGGUGAAGAGAAGCGAUGGCCACAAGCUCUUGAGUUGCUCAGCAAGCAUGGCGCUCGACUUCCUGCGAGUAGCACACUCGAUCUCAUGCCUGACGAUCUGGCGGUCAAAGAGCUUCAGGACUAUUUUCGCGGUCGCAUCAGGAACGCUACGUCAAUCCUGCGAGAAGAGCAAAUCGUUCGCAGCCUGGAAGGAGUGCGUCGUACCAAUACAGAGAGGCUGCUCUCCCUUGGCCCAGAUGGCGCUCCAGGUGGGAAGGCACUCGGGAAGAAUCGGCGAGUGAGAAUCGGUGAGGAUGACCAUUGCAAAGUCUGUCACAAGCGUUUCGGGGCCAGUGCUGUACGCGUUUACCCGGACAAUCAGGUCAUACAUUAUGGAUGCAUCGGGAGGAGUACUGCACCUGGGGCGACGCGGAGAUCUGCUGCGUGGGGGUGA